CUGGCAAAGAGGAAGAGGAGGAGGAAGAAGCAGCAGCAGCAGAAACAGUAGAUAAGGUUGCAUCCCUUCUGAGACGGUCAGGGACCUUUUUUUGCUCUUUUUUGCACCUUCUUGGCUUGCAAACUGGGCUGGGAAAGGGCUUUACUCUCGAGUAGACCCAUGGCGAGGGCUGGCUGCAGGGCAUCAGAGCGUGCCUUGGCCCUUUAAGGCUCCAGGAGACUCCAUCGAAAGGCAAUACGGUAAAUCAUUUUCUGGACUCUUGAAGGCUGACUUUUUAGGAUCCCACAUCCAGGAUCCAGCUGGCUAUUUCAUAAGGACGGAUUUGUUAAGGUUAAUUCAUGAUGGGAGACCAGAGGCAACGUUCAUUGUCUACAUCUGGGGAAUCACUGUACCAUGUUUUAGGACUGGACAAAAAUGCCACCUCAGAUGAUAUUAAAAAAUCAUACAGGAAACUGGCAUUAAAAUAUCACCCUGAUAAAAAUCCAGAUAAUCCAGAAGCUGCAGAUAAAUUUAAAGAGAUCAACAAUGCACAUGCGAUAUUGACUGAUGCUACAAAACGAAAUAUUUAUGAUAAGUAUGGUUCCUUGGGUCUCUAUGUAGCAGAGCAGUUUGGAGAAGAGAACGUGAACACAUACUUUGUGCUGUCCAGCUGGUGGGCAAAGGCACUGUUUGUGUUCUGUGGGCUCGUCACAGGCUGCUACUGCUGUUGCUGUCUCUGUUGUUGCUGUAACUGUUGCUGUGGGAAGUGUAAACCGAAACCCCCUGAAGGCGAAGAGCAAGAAUACUAUGUCUCUCCUGAAGACUUGGAGGCGCAGCUACAGUCAGAUGAGAGGGAGGCCUCAGAUACCCCAAUUGUGAUACAGCCAGCCUCAGCUACAGAGACGACCCAGCUCACGGCAGAUUCCCACCCCAGCUACCAUACCGAUGGAUUUAAUUAAGUUAAGGAAGCACUGUUAACUACAAUGGAUAAGAAUAAAUAACAUGGCCAAUCCAGCACUAGAAUCAUGGACAUUAGAAAUAGAAUAUGGGAAGGGAGAUGUUCUGCCACAGAAAGAGGGCAGCCUUCAACCUGCUGAAAAUAUUUUGUAAUCCCUUCGCCUUUUGUCACCUUCAGUGUCGUAUCUUGAUGAUACAUGGAAGUACUGUAGCAUGCAGUAUUUAAAGCAGUUUAGCUUUGGUCUGUUUUGUUUCCUUUUAAAAAAAGAUAGCAUGUGUGGAGUUUACGUUAUAAACGUCUUUGUGUUGUAAUGUAUUGAGGAGUUAUCACAAUGAGUGUGAUGGAUACGUUCUGCAUUUUAAGCAGUGAUACCAGCCAAAAACAACAAGCAUUUUUCAAAGAGAAGUUAGAUCUGUCACAGAAGCCUCCACACUUCUGUACAGUUGAGCUACGAACAUCCCUUGAAGGCUGCUAUUCCUCAUCCACUUGAUAGUAACUACAAUUUCCAACAUUUUUGCACCAUUCCCUUGGCUCCUUACACUUCUGUCUCACCAGACUUACCUUGAAAAAUGCUAAUGUUGUGAGAAAAGGAGAAUUGUUUUAAAAAUAAUGAAGUUGUCUCAAAAUCUUCCUCUCGCUUAUCUGUUUCAUCUUCAAACUAUAAUCUGAUAGUCAGCUGCUUUUUACAUUCUUUUGUGGGAGAGGGCCAAAAUGUGGGUUUUGCUACAAAACCAGAUGUUACUUGAAUUAUCUCUCUGCAUUUUAAAUUUAAGUGCGCACUAAUUUUGUUCAAAUCGAAUCAUUCCCCUGCACUAUUUAUAAUCAGAUAUUGCCAUUUUUUUUACUUGUGCAUGGACAUGAAAAACUGAUGUAUAUUCUCAUUGUCUAGCUUGAAUGAAGUUGAAGCAAAUAAAUAGUCAAAAGCAAAUUUUAGAUUUCUGCUGUUCGGACUAUAUAUUGCCAUAGUAUGUAAGAUGUCAUUGCUUUGAUAUUUUCCCCAAGAAGCUCCUUUACAUAGGGAAAAAGCCUAAACUAAAGAAAUUAAUGGCCACUUUAUGUUAUAUAUUCUGGAUGCCCACUUUUAGCAUGUAUUUAAUGACCAUUUUAAAAAGAAAACCCUCUAGUGAGAAUGCAAGUAGCACUGUGUUUCAUAUAUACACCCCAGUCAGGGAACUAUUGGCAAUGGCAGCUUAUUGAGUGUACAUUACAUUUGAUGGCAGACAGGUUUGCUGCUAUGCAAUUCAGGUGAAACCCGAGUUGAUUCGCUCCAUAGACAGUGAGCACGCGAAUGGAAUUCUGCAACUUUAUUUGGCUGCUUGAACAGGCUUUGCCAUUUUUUGACCUCUGUUCUCCCUUUGUAAAAUGGGAGCAAAAACACUGAAUUUUGCUAACUGUUUUGCAAUGCAUUACACACUUGAAAUAUUAUGUUUAGUUUUUUAGGGUUGCUAAAUGGCUAUCAAAGCAAAGAAGCAAAGAAAUCACUCCUAUUUCCUUGUAUCUGAAUAGAAAAAUAUUUUGCACAUAAUUCUUUUUAAAAUAUAGGGUACUUUUAGUUGGGCAUUUCUCUUGUCCCUCUGAUGAUACGUUUAUAGUGAACACUCUUGGGGGAAAAUAAUGAAUGGAGAUUGUGUGGAGUGUGUGAAUGGAGUGGAUGUUAUCAAGGCUCCAUAGAUGUAACUUACUGCUUGCUCUGUCUUGCUUUAGAAAAUGUUGUGUUUGUUUUGUAGGGAUAUAACCAGGAAUGUUCAAGGAUUCAGGGCAGUGCAGUGGCUACUCUGACCUUUUUUUAAAAGCAGUCUUCCCUCUGCUCUUUUUUUUUUGUCUCUUAUCCUUUCAUGGAAAAAGUUACACUCAAACUUGAGAUGGUAGAACGACUGUAUCGCAUGCCAGUACAGAUUCUCCAUAUGUGUGUGAGAUGGGGAUUUCUUCCUCUCUUCAGGGAAGAGCUGUCUAACUGAGCCUUUUGCCUGACUCCCCUAUCCCAUUUUGCAGGAUUUUAAUGUAAGAGAGCAUUCAUAAAUAUUAUCCCUGCUGUCAGUGUGAUAUAAUACUUUCAACUCUAUCCAUUCUCUCAUUCUGCAAAAUUUGUGGAUUAGGCUUACUUUGUUUAGACAUUUCUUUUGGGGUGCUUCACUGUGGCUUAUUUCCACAGGCUUGGCAUGUUUUCUCUAGAGAACUCUAUUUCCCUCAUUGGACCCAGAAGAAAGAGGAAAAGUAAGAACUUUGAAAUCAUGGUAGACAUGUGGACAGGAAUGGCCUUUUUCAAUGUCAGCCUAGCACUUUCAUCCCAUCCCCACCUCUUUCCAGAGGGGUCCAGCUGCAUUGCAUGCACAACCCAUUUGCUCUAGGUGUAAACAUAGUUCUUAACUUUUUGAUGGUGUGCUAACAAAAUACACUAUUAAAACAGUUGCUGUGAUCAUUCAAAUCUUUCAUACUUCCACCUCUAUACUAAGCAACCGUAUAAUGCACAUAUGAAUAGAUGUUUGUCUAGAUUUCACCGAAUACUUUACUAACUUUUUGACCUUCCUUAUGGAAGAGAAUUUCACAAAUCUCAACUUCCCCAUCCUAUUCAUUUCACCCCAUUCGAGGCCAAGAAGAUAAUGAAAUUUCAUUUUCACAACUCCUUACCAUUGUUGUAUGCUGACUUCAGCCCCCUGCGUGUUUAUAAUUUCAAAUGGUUUUGUUGACAGUGGAAACAAAUUGAUUUAAUUUUCAACAUAAGAUACUGCUUCACGCAAAUAGCUGUUGAAAUAUACAUUCAAGGCACUUUGUCUUCUGUCUUGCACUUUUACAUAGUGAUUUGUGGUCAUUUUUAGGUAGAUUUUGAGGCUAUUCAUUAGAUCCUUUUGGGUCAUCAUUUCAUAAUCCACUCUAGUAACUCUGUUGCUAAAGCCAUAAUGACGCUUCUGUGUAUCAGUAUGCAAAUGUUACCAUCUUCUGUUGUUCUGCACUAUAGAUUCAAACUAUGCUCAAGCUUUUUCUAAAUAAUGCUUAAAUAGCUUAGUAGAGUGAGGGACUGUGGUAUGAUCUUAAAGAGAUAAAAUAUUGUUUAAAGUGAGGCCAGAAUUCUAGUUUGUUAUGGAAAUAGAUACAUCUGCUACUAAGAAUGCAUUUAAAUUUCGAAAUGUGAGAACAGUGUUGAAUAGUUACUGUUUCCUGCAGCGUAUACACAUUUUUUAAAGAUUCUUGUUGCACUUUCUGGGGGAUUUUGAAAAUAUGCCAAAGCAAUUUUAGAAAAGGCGGAAGGGAGCAUGUUUCCAUGUGAGUGACAAGUUUGUCUUGAACUUUUUAGUGCAGGCUGUUUGGGAAGCUCACAAUCUUCUGUCUUUAGCCUUGGUUUUCCACUCAGUGUACAAGAUAAUCCUCCCGAUUUUGAUGCAUUAGCAAAUUCAAGUUGACUUUUCUUCCUUACAGCAAACUUUCUGUUUUCCAAACCCUUAUUUGCCAGGAGACCAGUGGCGGCUUAAAUUUUUGUUGUUCGUGACUUUGUCAAAAUCAGUGAAUCCUACAAAUUGAAAUACAUGAUUUUGUUCUUGGCAUGGAUAUCACACCUAGAAUCAAGGAAAUGUUUGUAACUUUUUCAAAAAUCUGUUUUGGAAAACAGUAUUCCUAACCGUUGAUAAAAAUUGAUUCUCCAGGAAACUUUACUAUGCUAUUACCUGGUGCAGGGUUGGCACUCCCAAGAAUUUAAAGAAAGAAUUUUAUAAUUCUAGCCACAGAGACUCCGUUGUGCAAAUAAUAUUCUGGUGAAGGGCCUGAAAUGGAUAGAAAUCUUGUGUAACUCUUUUAAACUACAGAAUAAGCGAAACUGGGAAGAUUUCUGCCUUAAUUCUGAAAUCUGGCUACAGUAGUCAUGCAUCCCAUGCAAACACAUCAUUAUUUCCCAAACAAACACUUACAACAUGAAUGAUUUAUUCGUGUGUUUAAACACUAUUGAAUGCAUCUUUGUGAAAGCUAGUGGGGAAUCUUAAAAGAGAAAUGAGAAAAGCUAAGUAGCGUCCUACAGACAAGAGGUAGAUUUUGAUGAAUAUGAAUAAAGGUAGGAAAGUUCUGGUUUGAAAAAAAUCCAUAAUUAGGGGCAUAGAGGAAACCAGAUUCCAACUACUUCCAGUGCUGUGAGACACAAUGCAGCAUGGAUAAUCAUUGCCAUGUAUGGGUUCCUAUACUUCUUGUCUGGUAGUCAUUUAGAUUUGGCUGUUCAGUUGGAAAAAAAGGAAGAAGAUGGUUGGCAUCUUGGCAAGUAUGAAAUGCCAUAUUUUUCAUCCAUUUGUGAGUGAGAUGAGAACUAUGUUCCAACAGAAACCUUGGAAGGAAAUGUUAGCUUUUUUCCCUUAACAUUCCUUUUAGCUCAUUGGUUCUCAAUCUGUGGGUACCCAGAUGUUUUGGUCUUCAACUCCCAGAAAUCCUAACAUCUGGUAAACUGGCUGGGAUUUCUGGGAAUUGUAGACCAAAACUCCUGGGGACCCACAGGUUGAGAACCACUGUUUUAGAUCCUUUAUAGAUCUGCAUUGUUAUCUUCCUUGUUUUCCCUCUUUUCUGAAAGAUUUGGAUUUCUCACCCCACAAAAGAUACGUUUGGAGAGAUGGUGUUUAAUCACAUGAAUAUACGGUACAAGAUCCUCCAAAACUAGAUAUUGCAGAGAUGGCCUCCCUCACCUUUUAGGCGGAACCUUAUUAGCUUUGUGUUUUCCCCUCUUUGUCUCCAGAAUAACAUGGCCGAAUAUAUAGUCCAAAAAUAUAUGGUGUGUGGUUGUUUUUUUGUUUUUGUUUUAAUUUUGCUAGAGGCAAUCAGUGUAACUCUUUUAUUAUAUCUUGUAAUUUAAUGCAUCUUACAUCAGUGUUGAGGAUGUACUUAAUUGCAGGGGUUUGUCUCACAAAGUUGAGCCAUGGAUGUGUGUGUGUGUGUGUGUGAAUCACAGCACAUUUGGCAACCUGGAAGCGUUUGUUAAGUGUAUGCACUUGUGUGUAGCUAUCACAUUGUGCUGCGGCCAUUGUUCCAUUCUUUCUUGGGUUUUCUUCUCCUUGUGACCUGCUUCUCUUGGGGAUUUUUUGCUUUAAAAAAUAGCUUUCCUCUAUUAAAGCAAGGUUAAUCUCUUCAUUAUGAAGUAAUGCUUGGACAGAUUCCCUUUUGUGGACUACAGUUCCCAAAGUCCUUAAGCCAUCUGAGGGUGUCCUGAUAGCUGAUGGAUUCUGGGAGUUGUAGUAAAAUAACCAAAACAUUUCUGAACUCUGGUUUGAAAGUAAGGGUAUAGCCAAUGCUCCCUUUAAUCGGCUUCUGUUUGCUUCAAUGAACUUUAGAAAGCCCUUUGAAAUGAGCCAAGCCUUCCUAGCAAUGUUGAGUAGAUCCCAUGAUUGAUUUUUUUACUAGAUUUUGUUGUCUGAAGUCUGUGUUGACCUGAAGAUGUAACAAGAGUCUCCUUUUGCACUUGUACUUGCGGGAUGGGAGAAGGGAAAAAAAUCCUAAUGUGUUUUUAAAAAAAUGUUAGGUGUAAAAAGAAUAAAGAAAAGAAAAUCAAUACAAUCAAAAGUAUAAAUGCAUUUGAAAAGCAAUGAUAUAUAAAUAUAUAUAUACAUAGAAUCUAUAUAUAUAUUUUGUUAUGUUACUUAAAGGAUCAACCUUUACAUUGUAUGUAAGUAGCUGUGGCUGUCUGAACUUUGUGGAUUGUUAACACACGCAAGUACUGAGCUCCUGUACAUACCUACAGUUCUAGCAGAAGGAAUUAUUUUAUGUUUUAGCAUGGUAUUUUAUGUAUUGUAUGUCUGAAUAGGAACUUAAAAAUUAAAAAAAUAAAGACUGCUAAAUUAUCAGUAAACUAAGGUUGUAAAAUAAAUGUUUUCAAUGCAAACAAA